AUGUUUGCCGCCGGGCUGGCUCCCUUCUACGCCUCCAACUUCAGCCUCUGGUCGGCCGCGUACUGUUCCUCGGCCGGCCCGGGCGGCGGCUGCGCCUUCCCUCUGGACCCCGCCGCCGCCGCCGCCGCCGCGGUCAAGAAGCCCUCCUUCUGCAUCGCGGACAUUCUGCACGUCGGGGAGCCCGGGGCGGCCCCGGAGGGCCUGGCCGGAGCCUCGGCUGCUGCCCUCACCGCGCACUUGAGCUCGGCGCACCACCCGCACGCCUCUUUCCCCGCCGCCGCCGCCGCCAGGUCCCCGCUUCGCCCCACCCCGGUGGUGGCGCCCUCCGAAGUCCCCGCUGGCUUCCCGCAGCGACUGUCCCCGCUCUCGGCCGCCUACCACCACCACCACCAUCACCCGCAGCAGCAGCAACAACAACAACAACCGCUGCAGCAACAGCCUCCACCUCCUCCUCCCCGGGCGGGCGCCUUGCAUCCCCAGGCCUCCUCCUCCUCCUCCUCCUCCUCCGGGGCGCGGGGGGUCCCCAACCCUCACCACCACAGCAGCGGCUCGGCCCCGGCCCCCUCCAGCAAGGACCUCAAAUUUGGGAUUGACCGCAUUUUGUCGGCAGAGUUUGACCCGAAAGUCAAAGAAGGCAACACGCUGAGAGAUCUCACGUCCCUGCUGACCGCCGGCCGGUCCGCGGGGCUGCAUCUCCCAGGCCUACAGCCCUCCGCCGGUCAGCUCUUCGCGUCGCUAGACCCCAUGAACGAGGCGUCCGCCAUCCUCAGCCCCUUAAGCUCGAACCCCAGGAACUCAGUCCAGCAUCAGUUUCAAGACACGUUUCCAGGUCCCUAUGCCGUGCUCACUAAGGACACGAUGCCUCAGACCUACAAGCGGAAGCGCUCAUGGUCACGGGCGGUCUUCUCCAACCUGCAGAGGAAAGGCCUGGAGAAGAGGUUUGAGAUUCAGAAGUACGUGACCAAGCCCGACCGGAAGCAGCUGGCGGCAAUGCUGGGCCUCACGGAUGCUCAGGUGAAGGUGUGGUUCCAGAACCGGCGCAUGAAGUGGCGGCACUCCAAGGAGGCGCAGGCCCAGAAGGACAAGGACCAGGAGGCGGCAGACGAGGAGAAGCCAGCGGCGGGCGGAGCAGCCCCAGGGGCGGCGGUGGCAGACGGAGAGCCCGAGGAGGAGGAGGAGGAGGAGGAGGAAGAGGAGCGCAGCCCCAGCCGCUCGGAGGAGGGCGAGGCCGAGAGCGACAGCAGCGACUCGGAGUCCCUGGACAUGGCCCCCAGCGACACGGAGCGGACCGAGGGCGCCGCCGCGGAGCGCUCCCCGCACCAGACCACCGUCAUCAAGGCCCCGGGGGCCGGCGCGCUCCUGCCCGCCGUGGGGAGCGGGGGCAGCGGCAGCUUUAGCUUCGGAGGCACCGGCACGGCGAUCGCCGGGAGUCUGGGCAGCAGCGGCGGAGGCCUGGCUCCGGAGAUGCUCCCUGCGCCCCAGCCCAGCCUCAGCAGCGCCCCCAAAAGCCCGGAGCCCGCGCAGCCGCCUCUCGGGGUCCCGUAG